GGACUCGCAAACAAUUCUUCCAUGCCUCAUGCGGCCUCUAUACAUAUAGCGCGCCUGCUUACCUGUCCUGUGGGGUCACUUUUGUAAAUUUCCCCGGACCGGGUAAACACAUGGCAAAGGUCAAGGGUCGGUAUAUGUUCGAAACGUCGCGCCUGGAACCAAUGCCGAGCUAGGAUUAAUGGAAACAAGCUUUUAAUUUACCGCUCACUAGUUCGUUCCAAGUCCGACUAGAGGGCGAAUGACAACUGUCAGCCCUUCAUCUACGUUGUGGCGCCGAAGAUGUGGGGAGAAACACUUUAGUCGAGAACUGCGUGACCUCAUUUCCGCUACUGCUGAUUGCUGGAUAGUUUCGGGGAGAUCGUUUCAAUGCAGACUGCAUCCCUUGAACCGCACGCACGUUCCGGCUGAAGACAAGCUUUAUAAGAAGGUCUGUAUCCCAAGACUCUUGGAUUCCCCACCGCGUUCAUUCAUUCCAAGUCAACACCAUGCGCUUCCUCACUGCUGUCACCAGCUUCCUGUCCGUAGCUGCGGCUGCAACCACUGACAUCGCCAAGCGUGCCGUGACACCUGGCGCUCUCUCCCAGGUCACCUCCUUUGGUGCUGCACCCACCAAGGCUGGCUUCUACAUCUACGUGCCCAAGAAGCUCGCGGCAUCGCCAGGAGUUAUUGUCGCUAUCCACUACUGCACUGGUACCGCGCAGGCAUACUACACCGGCAGCCCCUACGCCAAGCUGUCUGAGCAGUAUGGCUUCAUCGUCAUCUACCCAGAGUCUCCCCACGAGGGCAAGUGCUGGGAUGUCAGCAGCAAGGCCACUCUGAGCCACGAGGGAGGAGGAGACAGCAACACCAUUGCCAACAUGGUCAAGUGGACAGUCAAGCAGUACAAGGCCGAUUCGUCCAAGGUCUUCGUUACCGGUUCCAGCAGCGGCGCCAUGAUGACCAACGUCAUGGCCGCUACCUACCCCGACAUCUUCAAGGCCGCCAUCCCCUACUCCGGUGUCGCCGCCGGUUGCUUCGCUUCCGCCGCCAACGGUGUCGACGCCUGGAACAGCACCUGCGCCCAGGGUAACUCCAUCGCCACUCCCCAAGCCUGGGCCACUGUAGUCAAGAACAUGUACCCCGGCUACACCGGUGCUCGCCCCAAGAUGCAAGUCUACCACGGUAGUGCCGACGCCACUCUGCGCCCCCAGAACUACCAGGAGACCAUGAAGGAAUGGGCUGGCGUUUUCGGUUACAACUACGACAAGCCCCAGAGCACCAAGGCCAACGACCCCCAGAGCGGAUACACAAGGACUAUCUACGGUCCUAAUGUCCAGGGUAUCUACGCUGCUGGUGUCGGCCACACUGUACCCAUUCGGGGUGCGGACGACAUGAAGUUCUUCGGCUUUGCUUAGAUGCAUCGAAAGCGAAGAGCUGCCGUAUACUACAGUCAAACCUCAUGGCAGUCACCAACAAUUCAAUGUACAUAUUUGUGACUAUACAUAUACCUCACUGCAUUCUCACCAUGUUUACUUUUACUUUUUUGCUUGCUAUACUUACCAAGUCCUACGCUUUUUCUUCUUUUCAUGCACUUGACUAGCUUCUACGCUCCGGCUCCGCCGAUGACGAGACCAGAAACUUCGCCGCUUCGGGGACUUGUCAUCGGUAUCGUUGAG